AUGGUCAGCGGGAAGCCACUUGAUACGGAUCAGUUCUGGAGGCCUGAAUCGGCGCGGUUACGCGAGGCCGUCCACACGAAGUUCCGCAAUAUCUGGCAGUAUAGUGUGAAGAGUGAAACCGACAAACCUAAGAGAGUUGAAGCGUCAUGGAUGGCAUCCAGGGCUCCCUCUUUCGCAGAAGAUCUAUCUAUGAGUCAACCGGGGAUAUGCAUAUUGCAGGUUUCCGAGACCCCGCUUCGAUUCCGGCGAGAAAUUUUCCGACAUGACCUCUGUCCUCUGACGUUUAACUAG